AUGCCCCCUGGGCCCAGGCUCUCCUGUCUCACAAAGCCAGGAGGCCCCAAAGAACCCGGACGUCAGCCUGGGGUGGCGGCUGCUGAGACCCCGCGCUCCACUGAGCCACCUGGAUGCCGGAUCAGAAAUCUAUCUGGGGACCUGCCCCUCCUCACACACAUACAGAUCUACACUGCAUGGUCCAGUGUGGCUGGGCGGAGGAAGGCCUGCAGGCCCAGAGAGAUGCCCAGUCACACGGCUCAGGAGUGGCAGGGGAAGGACAAGGCUUUCCUGUACACAAGGCCUUUUAUCAUGAAGGUCAUUGUCACCCAACUGACAAAUGGCUCACUCUCUGGGCUAUCUCAGGAUGGGCUAUCUCAGGACGGGCUAUCUCAGGAUGGGCUAUUUCAGGACAUGGCAUUAGAUAUGCCGGCCACCGUGGCAAGAGUGGGAGGUCAGAGGGCAGGCCUGGCUCGGGAUCCCCAUCCUGCCCGGGGGCCUGGUCCCAGCCGCUCGGCCCGUAUCCCUCGGCAGAAGGGCUGUGUCCCCCAGCUCCUGGUGGGCCAGACACAUGGGAAGUCCCCGAAGGAAUCGGGCAUCGAUGGAGGGCUGGGCACUGGGGAGGGAAAGCCUAGUCCCCCGGGGCUGCCCGGUGGCUCCGUGGUGUCGCUGGAUGUGAUCCCUCAGCCUGCCUCGGUUUCCCCAGCUGCCACCUGUUGGGAUCGCCGUGCUCAGUGGCAGGCGGCGGAGGUGGCCUCGGGGGACAGGAAGCGGGAAGCCCUCCUGACCCGCUGCUCCCUCCUUGCUCCUAGGAAGAAGACGUUGUACCGCUCGGCGGGCCUGUCCCUGCUGCUGCUCGUGGCCCUGACCGUGCUGCAGCGCGGCCUGGCUCCGGGCCAGUUCCUUUACCCUUCAUCCUCCCACCUGGCCAAGCCGGCCUAUGCGGGGUUCUGGAAGUUCUCCGGGAAGACCCCGAGCCCUGCGCCCACCGUGGCCACAGCCCCCGUCUGGGACGUGGUGGCCUCCAACUGCUCGGCCAACACCAACCUGUCCGGGCAGGCCUGGUUCCAGGCCCUGGAGCCCCACUUCCAGCAGUUCCUCCUGUACCGGCACUGCCGCUACUUCCCCAUGCUGAUGAACCACCCCGAGAAGUGCGCCGGCGACGUCUACCUGCUGGUGGUGGUCAAGUCCAUCAUCACGCAGCACGACCGGCGCGAGGCCAUCCGGCGCACCUGGGGGCGGGAGCGCGCGGCGCCGGGGGGCCGGGGGGCCGUGCGCACCCUCUUCCUGCUGGGCACGGCCUCCAAGCAGGAGGAGCGGGCCCACUACCAGCAGCUGCUGGCCUUCGAGGACCGGCUCUACGGUGACAUCCUGCAGUGGGACUUCCUGGACACCUUCUUCAACCUGACGCUGAAGGAGGUGCACUUCCUCAAGUGGCAGGACGCCUUCUGCCCCGGCGUGCGCUUCAUCUUCAAGGGGGACGAUGAUGUCUUUGUCAGCCCCGACAACCUGCUGGAGUUCCUGGCCGACCAGCGGCCCGAGGACAACCUCUUCGUGGGCGACGUGCUCUUCCGCGCACGGCCCAUCCGCAAGAAGGACAACAAGUACUACAUCCCGGGCGCGCUCUACAGCAAGAACGUGUACCCGCCCUACGCGGGCGGCGGGGGCUUCCUCAUGGCCGGCGGGCUGGCGCGCCGCCUCUUCCGCGCCUCCCAGGGCCUGGAGCUCUACCCCAUCGACGACGUCUUCCUGGGCAUGUGCCUGCAGGCGCUGGGCGUGCGGCCCACGGCGCACAUGGGCUUCAAGACGUUCGGCAUCAUGCGGAACAAGAGCAGCGCCCUCAACAAGGAGCCCUGCUUCUUCCGCUCCAUGCUGGUGGUGCACAAGCUGCUGCCGGCCGAGCUGCUGCGCAUGUGGGAGCUGGUGCACGGCAACCUCACCUGCUCCCGCAAGCUGCAGGUGCUCUAGCUACUGCCCUGGGCUGGACCGGCAGCUGGGGAGCCCCCCCCCCCCCCCCCCCCCCCCCCGUUCCCACAAGCCACUGGGACCUCAGGUAAUGGGCAGGCUCGGGCCCUGGGGUCAGGGGCCGGGUCCCCAAGCCCAAGGUCCCAGCCUUUUAAAAUUUAAGAGAUUCACCUUCCCCCCGAGUCGGGGAUGGGGCAGGUGGAUGAUGACUGGGGGGGACCCGGUGUUCCCUCUGGCUCUCACAGCGGCUCCCCAGGUACAACCCUGGCAAUGUUCGGUCCCGGGGAGCAGGCCUCAGGUGUCUGGCCUUGCAGGCUGAGGCUGGCCUAGGCCCCAGGGACCCCUGAGGCCCUUCCACAAACAAAACACCUCCACUAAGUGUCCCCCACAGUGUGCCCGCUGAGCGGGACCCCCACGGGCUCGCCCAGAGCAUGAGCCUCUCAUUGCCUUGAGAAGUAAAGCUGUUCAACUACCUCAAAGGCUCCCCUCUCUGGAAACCUUUCGGGCCUGGGGUGCUGGAUGUCCCAGCCAAUGACUCCCAAGCCUCCAAGAGCUGCCGGGAGCCGGGCCGAGCCUGGCCCCGGCCACACUGCCCUCCUGUGGACAGGUGUGGACACCCGGGGCCAGUGACCGGGAGUUGGCGUUUCUUAGCUACUGUGAAGUUUUAUUUAUGAAGGCCUUUAGAGUGGGCAGAGAAUCCCGGCCACACGGGUGCCCCCUUUCCACAUGCCCACGUUGCUCCGACUCCACAGGCCAGCACGGGACAGAAACCUCGGUCUCUGGAGGAAGCGCCUCCUCGUCCUCCCCUCCUGCUCCCCGGAUCUUGGGGAUGGGGGGGGGGGGGGCUGCAUUUGAUGGUAUGUGUGUGAGGAGGGUCUCCCGGGUGACCUCAACCCUACCCAACCUGGGAGCCAAAUGUACAGAUCCCAGUUCACAGCCUAGUUUUGCUAUUAAAAAAUGAACGGUGAAAAAUCACGUGGUCCUGGCUUGGCUUCCUCCUGCAGCCCCAGC